CAACGGUUUUUGAAGACGUUUCAUCAGUCCGGUGUCUUGUUGAAUUUAUCUGAAAUUUAGAUAGAAAUAGUCAUAUUGAAAAUAAAUAUUAGGCCGUGUAACUUCUAAAGUAACCACGAUUCAAUCAAAACGGCUACCGCCGUAAAAUAAAUUACCUCCAUAAUGGCGCCAACAAGGUUGGCAUCAAAGCCGAUCGGCGUCAAUGAGAACUUGAAUGGUUUACUGGGGCAUGGAAUUACGACGAGGAGUAAGCAACUGGCUUCUCUGAAAACCCAUAAGGAUAGUUUGAAGGUUCCAAACAAGAGGAAAGCUGAUAGCCCUUUGAAAGAUGUUACGGCAAAGCGAGCAGCGUUUGGUGAUAUCACCAACGCUUUCAACAAGACCACUGCGCUCCAGGAUAAAGACAAAGUCAUGGGGGUGAAGAAGGUUACUGUGGAAAGUAAAAUGCUCCCGACUGUGAAGAGCAUCAAGCCACAGACAACACUGAAUGGGAAAACCUCCAAAGCUAAAACACUGCAGCGAGUGGCAACAAACGCAAUUGAUGCAGUGCAGAAGCACUUUGCCAAGGAUCCAGUGAAACCAGUAGCUACCAGGGCACAGAAUGGCAUCCUCAAGAACAUUGAACAGAAGAAAGACAAGAAUGUUAAUCAGAAUCAGAGCCAGAACUCUGCCAAGUCGGCCAGGAGUGAUGUCUCUGAACCAUCCCUGUACAUGACAGCUUUAGAAACUACCAGCCCAUCAGAAACUUCAAAAGAGGAAUACAAGACUAUAAGUGAGAAGCUAGACAAGGUGAAUCUUGAUGACACCAUCCGGUCUUUGGAUGAAGAGACUGAGGUACCUCACAAGCCACCCUCGGACGUUCCAGACUUUGACCAAGAAAACUGGAAUGAUCCCUUCCAAGUCUCCAACUAUGCUAUGGAUAUUUUCAACUACUUGAAAAGUAGAGAACGCCUUUUCCUUGUUGAUGACUAUCUUCAAAGGAUGAAAGGAAUCACUUCAUGGAUGCGAGCGCUUCUUGUCGACUGGAUGGUGGAAGUACAGGAGAGCUUUGAACUGAACCAUGAGACUCUAUACCUUGCUGUGAAGCUUGUGGACCUGUUUCUAACACGUUCAUCCAAGACACAGCCUGAGAAGGACCAUCUGACGAAGGAAGAACUGCAGCUACUUGGUGCUUCUGCACUUUUUAUUGCUUCUAAGUUCGAUGAGCGCAUCCCCCCACUGGUGGAUGACUUCCUGUACAUCUGCGACGGCGCUUAUACGUUGAGCCAGUUACUCAAGAUGGAGAUGAACAUUCUACGUGUGGUGGACUUCGAUCUUGGCAUCCCCUUAUCCUACAGGUUCCUCAGGAGAUACGCCAGGUGUGCAAGAGUGUCGAUGCCGACCCUAACUCUGGCGCGCUUCGUGCUGGAGCAAUGUCUGCUAGAGUACAACUUGCUGGAGUACUCAGACAGCAAGAUGGCAGCCGCCGCUCUCUACCUGGCGCUCAAAAUGAAGUCCAUCGGAAACUGGACACCCACUCUACAGUAUUAUACAGGGUACACCGUCAAGGAUAUCCUCCCCAUCGCAAUCGCACAGAACGCGACACUGCACAAGAAGCCAAAAUCCGCCAUCAGCACAGUUAGGAACAAGUACUCCCAUACGAUCUUCUUCGAAGUAGCCAAGGUACCUCUCAUCGAAGACUCGGUGCUCUCCAGCUGAGGAAAGCCCAGUGGCGCUUUACAUGCUGUACAGACUAUACUAAGGUGGGUCCAAAUUUUCUAAUAGAUACAUUUGUAAAGUCGUGUGUAUAUUAUUUGGAGGCUAGCGGACGAACGAUGUCUGACCCAAGUUGCAAUGUACAUAAAAUUCACGCUUCAUAAGUUCUUAUUUAUGUAAAGUUUUUGUUGUUAUUGUUGUUUAAUUUUCUGGCUUCAUUGCAGUUUCUAUUUUAUUUGCUUAUCCUGUCGCUCAUGAUUGAAAAUGUAUUUAUUGAAUUUGGACAAGUGUUGAUACUUUCGAGUUUCAUAGUUCAUAUUAAAUACUUAUGAAUUUAAAAUGACGGAAACAAACUGUGCUAUUAUUUGUUAAAUCUUUGAAUUAAUCAUAAUUAUUAUAACAAUUUACUUUCCUAUUUAAAGUUUAAGAAGACAACAUUUGGCAAUAAAUUAAAAGUGAUCUUGCGUCAGACUGAACUCGGUCCGCGCUGCCGUAGACUAAGAAAUCGCAAUUGAUAAUUUGUGUUACUUAAUUAUUGUUAUUUGCUGUCUAAUUUAAAAUAUGUGAACGCUUCCGAUGUAACGUGUAGCUCGUUCACGUGAAAUUAAUGGAAAUUGACAAAAUUCGGACCUUCGAGCGAGCUACAAAGGCGGCCAUCAAGGAAACCAGUAAAAUGUAAGGUGCCACGUUGGCUCAGUAGUACUAAACGUUUUAAUUAUAAGUAGUUUGACUAAACUAGACAAUUUUCCUUGGGUCUACCAGCCCGAGUAGAUAAUAACACUGCCAUUAAGUGAACAUGUAGGUAGUGGAAAACCUAGAUGAAUUAAGAAUUUGUGUUAAGCGCACGAAUUAUUAAGCGUUAUAAACUAUGGUACGAGUUGUUAUGUGAAGUUUAACUUUCGGUUAGUUUAAAUAAUGAAGACUGAAAUGUUUGUUAACGUAAUAGCGUGGAGUCAGGGUAGCCUGAUCAAAUUACAGAUUUUGUCGAAGAUGUGCCAUAUGUUGCUAUGGUACCUGAAACUCGAAUGUUUGACCAGGAGGAUGAAGCCUCAAUAAAUAAUCCCAGUUGAAUGAAACACCAAGUUUCUAUGAAACAAGUGUUUGAAAUAAUAAAUGACGUAAACCAAAAUCUCAUCAUGUCCUGUCUGACCUCAAUAGACUUUACCAAAAAUCAAUGCCUAAUAUCCACAUUCCAAUAUUGUUUUACUUCCGCCUCUGCUUAUUAUAUGAAUAGUAUGACGCUGUCUUCCUAUGUGAAUUUAACGUGUUAAUCGGCUAUGUAUUGAAGUGUGUAUUUAUCAGAAAUGUACAAAUAUAUUAUAACACUUUGAUUUGUAAUGUCGGGGACAGAGAUUUUAAAUUCUCGGUGCGUAGUUUGAAAGUCGUCAAAGUUUAUAUUUUGUACAUGAGCGCUUUCGCUUAUAUGAUAAAUAUGCAAUGCCUAGGAUUAUUUUAUGACUAGCAUUUGUUGAAUCUUUGAGAAAUCGCUAGCCUCAACUGUACAGUCGCGAUCAUAAGUGUUAUACAGUAAAAUCGAAAUGAUUCUCAAUGAAUUUAAUUAUUCCUGUUUUAAUCGUAUUAUAGUAUCGUAGUAGUCGUAUCAUUGUAGAUUUUAUAUUAGGUUAUUUUGUCUUAUUGCAAUAACACUUAUGUGCGCGCCGGUACUGUGCGGGCUUGAACAGCGCCGGAUGUGUAAACGUUUUUAUACAUAAUAUUAUGUAUUCUUGGCAAGCUUUGCUAAUACUCUUUUAAUUAUAACUUAUUAUUAAUGGAUUUUGUAAUGUUUUAAUAUAAUUAAUUUACAUAGUAAUUAUUGUGAGAUUAUUCGCAUCAUUUGUCAUAUGUUUUGUAAUUUAUCACAUUUUAAAGAGUACAAAAUAUUGGAAUGUUAUAAUAAUGUUGUUCGUUUAAUAAUAAGUUUUAGAAUAAUUGUCACUUUGAAAACUGUUUUCUUCUUGAUAAUAUUUGUCGUCUAAUUAUACAAGGUUAAUGUAAAACUGACGUGUAAAUAAAAGUGAUUUUGGUUUGGUAA